GUUAAAUUCCCGUGUCGAUGGCUUUGAAAAGUGGUUGCAUUUAUGAUCCACCCUUUUAUUUUAAUCACACAUCCGAAUUACCAAUCGUUACCCAUUUCUUCAAUGAACACUCUGGUGAGGAGCGGUGGCGCGUGGCUGGUAUCGCCGUCAAUGGCAGUGGCGGCUCUGAAGAGGAUGAGAGUGUCUGGUUUAGCCACGUCAUCAUCAUCUUCUGUUCCUAAUUGGAAAGGUGGAGUUUCCAUGGUCCAAGGAGCUUCCAGAGGCAUUGGUCUCGAAUUUGUACGACAGUUGCUGGAGAACAAUAAGAACGGGUAUGUUGUUGCUACUUGCCGAAAUCCAAAAGAAGCAACAAGUCUCUCUGAUUUGAAGAACCGUUUCUCUGAAAGACUUUUCAUCCAAAAGCUUGAUGUUACAGAUGAAACUACCAUUGAGGAAUCAGCGGAAUCUGUGAGAGAAAAAUAUGGUUCUCUCAAUCUACUUAUAAAUGCAGCUGGUAUACUUUCAAUUCCUGGCGUAUUGCAGCCAGAAACAACAUUGAACAAGGUCGAAAAAUCAUCGUUGAUGCUUGCUUACGAGGUUAACGCUGUUGGUCCAAUUCUAGUGAUGAAGCAUAUGUGGCCUCUCCUUAAGGCUGGUGGAGGUAGUGGAACAGAUAGAGAAGUUGCUGUUGUAGCCAAUUUAAGCGCUCGAGUUGGAUCCAUUGGAGAUAACCGACUUGGUGGUUGGCACUCUUACAGGGCUUCAAAAUCCGCACUCAAUCAACUGACAAAAAAUGUAUCGGUUGAGUUAGGUAGGAGGAAAGAUCCUGUGGCAUGCAUUCUACUACAUCCAGGCACAGUAGACACUGAUCUCUCUCGGCCGUUUCAAAGGAAUGUUCCUGACGGAAAACUUUUCACAAGAGAGUACUCUGUUCAGAAGUUACUGCACAUCAUCAACAAUACUAAGAAACAAGACAGCGGCAAGUUCUUUGCUUGGGAUGGCCAGGAGAUACCUUGGUGAUUUCUUAUAUGGUUUUCUCGAUCCGAAUGGUCAGUUCUUUCAAAGUCUAUUGAAUUCUUGUCGGGGUUUUUUCACGUUCUUGGUUUGAGAGCAAUUCCUCGAGUAAUAUCGAAUAGCUUGGAGUGAGUAUCCAGAAGCUGAGAGCUUUCUGAGUAUAUAAUAACCAAUGUGAUGGUAUAAUCUUCUAUCUACAUUUUGUAUUACUGCAUAAUUUUACACGCUAUUUUCG